AAUUUUUAUUUACUUACAAAGACGUAUAGCUAGCACUUCGAGUUAUUUCAGUUCAUUGUACAGAGCAGUUUCGCUCUGCAGGUUUAGCAUCCAGAUUUGUUCGUUUUUCUAUGCAGAGGAGAUAGUUUCCAGGCUGCAGUUGUUCGUUUGACAGUUUAUAGUGUCUACGGUUUCGCGUUGUGUGUUUUCCCGCGCUUGUGAUCAUCAAGCAGUAUGCCUCUCCGAGAUUCACAGGGAAGGUUUUGUGGAACGCUUCAGCGUAAAGAAAGCGAUGGACACUGGGACCGCAAUUACUUUGUUCUAGACGAAGAGAAAUGUUUGCUACGUUAUUUUUCCUCGAUGAACGCACAGGAAGAAGUUUUGGAUUGGGAUGAUUAUGAUGGGGAAAUAAACAUCAGACUUAUUACCAAGAUUGAGGACAAGUCAAAAACUGAAGGAUGUAUUGAGAUACAAACAUGCAGUCACAGAUAUUACGUACGGGCUGACACCAAAGAAGGAGGAGAUGAAUGGAUCCGAACUCUGCGCAAAGCUGCUGUACAUCCUACCAAGAGAAAGGAUGACUCCGUCGCUAAGGAAGAGAAAUCAACAAAUCAUUGCACUGUUGGGACUGAUAAAGAAAGUUCGUCGGAAAAGACAGAACGUAUCGUGUAUGAAACAAAAAUUAUUGGAGGAGUGGCUGUUAGAACCCCAGUGAAAAAGACUACUGAUACAGACAGUGAGGGAGGAAGUUUGACAAGUGAUUCUCUGAUACGAUCUGGUUCAGCUGGUAAGACAAGUACAAUAAAACCAAUCAAGGAAGGAUACUUGUCAAAAAAGGGAGCGGUGGUCAAGAAUUGGAAAAAGAGAUAUUUCAAGCUGGACACUUUCCGACUUGCAUAUUAUGAAAAAUAUAAUGACAAAGAGCCUCUCAAAGUUAUUAAUUCAUAUGAGGUUACUGAUGUGAAAGCAAGUCAGAGUACAGAUAACAAUCGAGAACAUAUGUUUGAGGUGGUAACACCCACUAGAACAUUCUUGAUCCAGGUUUGUGUCUCCUCUGUAUGUUUGAUACAUACAUUACAUAUACAUACAUUAAUUGACCACUCCCCAUAGGGGCUUUUCAGGG